UGCGCUGGUGAGAGGAUCGGCGUGCGGUAUAUUUCUUUUUUCGUGGCUGUAAAGUCAGAUCGGCCUACGAAAUAAAUGUAUAUCUAGUUGCAUUAGAAAAAUAAUGUAUAUGUAGAAAUCAUCCCUAUGCGUGAACAUCGUGGGUCUAACAGCUGUCUCAGUGGACUUAUUUCUUUUUCAUCUCCGCGGGGGUCCAGCUCAGAGUCGGAGCUGUCUACAGGACGAAUACGUGCUCACAACUCUGUAUCUUUCCCACACCUGGAAAAAUGUGCCUUCUUAUAGUUGUCCCGCUGUUUGCUGCAUUUGAUUUGAUUUCCUGUGCUCAGUUUCUGGCACCUCUGAACAUGGAAGGAGUCACAGGACAGGUGCAGUUCAACUCCACCUCCCAGACAGCCACUGUCAACAUAUCUGGUGCUGGAUCCUGUGAUACGGUUCAUUUUUCCCUCAGCAAGUUCCCUGUAAUGUACGGCCACUUCCGCCAACCUUGUUCAGAAGAAAAUAUUGGCUCCAGCGUCUUCAGCUUUAAAGCGGCUCUCACCUCAGAAUCCACUCUCAACAUGUCAAGCCUCUUUGAGCAAAUAUCAAACCUGGAUGACCUCUCGCUGUCAUUACAGACAUGUAAUGGAACUAAAGUGUGCACAGUUGUAAGUCGAGGUCAGACACUCUUGACUCAGCAGGCCAGGUUUACUGAAUCUAUCGUAGGUAACAUUUACAUACGUCUUAACCUGGGACAUACCAACGCCAGGCUUCUUGCAGACCUCAUGACAGUCGGUCAGGUGAACAGUUCACAAACCAAUGUCACUCUCUAUGGGUCUCAGAGUACUGCUGCAAGCUGUGAAGUUCUACUUGAAAGCUUAGAUCCUUCAGUUUUAACAAACCUGGGUGAUGUUAAGGUUGGAAACCCUCUGCAAUUUCUGAAAUCCCGCCUGGAUCUCACUAGCUUUGACACUGGCUACAGUUUUCUUCUUCUCAGCAUAGGGUCAACUUAUGAAUGUGCUCAGCUAUAUAACAUAACAGAGAAACAGGUGAAAGCUGUUAUGAACAUGAAGGGAAUCAAAGGAUACCUGAGCUUUCAUCAGGCUUCUCCAUUUGACGUGACAAAGAUCAGAGUGAAUCUGACCAAUCUGGAGAGGAAAGUUGGUUCUUACCAUGUCCACAUAUAUCCAGUACCUUCAGUCAGCUCAAGCAUGUGCUCCAAUGACAAUGUGGGUGGCCACUUGAAUCCAUUUGCAAUUAACACAAGUGACUCAACAUACCCAAAAGUGCCAGGGUCAACACAUGACAAGUAUGAAGUGGGCGACCUCAGUGCAAAGCAUAUGUCUUUGGCAAAUAAAAACGAGGUGGAUGAGACAUUCACAGACUUCAAUCUUCCUCUGUUUGGACAGAACAGCAUUGUCGGCCGCUCAGUUGUGAUUCAUCAGCUAGAUGGUGCCAGGUACGUGUGUGCCAGGAUCAGUUAUCCAGGUAAGGUGAUUGUUGGCAGAGCCAUAUUUCAGGGCCCAGUGGUUGGUGAGAUCUGGUUCACCCAGCUGGUGAACCAUCCUCUGUCAGAUGUAUCCAUCUUUAUGGAUCUGUCAUAUGGGGAUGCCACCAGGACCCCAACCCUAAAUCACAAAUGGCAUGUUCACGCAUAUCCCAUUAGCUCAGAAAGAGAUGAUGACGCAAACCAGUGCAGCACAACAGGAAGUCACUGGAACCCUUUUAACAUAAACACAGGCGAUCCCAGCUAUGUCCUUCAUUGCAGCCCAUCUCGCCCCUUAUGCUGUGAGGCAGGGGACCUCUCCAGCAAGCACAGUACACUUGAUUUAAACAGCAGAGUAGGAGGAGUGGAAGCUAAGAAUUUUUUCACUGAUGUCACAGCCUGGUUACAUGUGCCCGGCAUUAUUGGUCGUUCCGUUGUCAUCCAUGAAGCUGAAAAGGGAAUGACAAGGAUUGCUUGUUCAAAUGUCACAAUGGUGCGUGUCCCCAGAGCUAGGGCAGGUGCGUGGUCAGGCCACAGAUUGCCCAGGGGCCAAGUGAUAUUCUCCCAAGAGCUCCCUCAAGGCCCCACAACUAUGAAUAUGUCCUUGCUGAACCUGAAUUCCCAAGCUGGAGGCUACCAUGUGCACAUGUUGCCCCUCAUACCUGGCAGUGCUGAGCCUUGCUCAAGUGCAGACAUCAUGGGCCACUUCAACCCACUAGCCUGGAACACAUCAAAAUCCCCCUCACCCGGAGCAGGCACUGCAGACCAGUAUGAGAUUGGAGAUAUCAGUGGGAAGUUUGGGAUGCUGUAUGACAAAGAUGAUCUUUUAGUUGUCUGUGAGGACCCUGACAUGCCACUUACUGGACCCUACAGUAUUGUGGGAAGGUCUCUGGUAGUUCACUACGCCAAUGGAUCAAGAAUGACCUGUGCUGACAUCUCAGCGGAUAAAGAUGCAGAUGGACAAUGGACCAUCGCUAGGGGUGUUUUCAGUGGUGCAGUGACUGGGACAGUCAGACUUCACCAGCAGAUGUUUCCUGAUGGGAGCAGCAGUGAUGUUACACUGGAGGUGAACCUUCAGUUGUCUGCAAGACAAGAUAUACCUGGAGCUUCCUUGUUUAUCACAGACAGUAGUGGGAGUGGCGGGCGCUGCAAUGGUGUGGGAGACACAUUUAAUCCCUUCAACAUGAAAUCAAAGAGUGCCAGCUGUUCAGUAGAAAAGCAGCUGAGCUGCAUGGUGGGGGAAAUAUCUGCAAGACACGGCGCUGUCAGCCUGACUCAGAGGCAGGUGUACACAGACAGCAUCAUCCAGCUCUCUGGAGACAACACAGUUGUCAAUAGAACUCUGCUGUUGAAAGAUGGCAACAGCGUCAUUGCAUGUGCUGACAUCCUGCCAGAAUCUCCAACAGCAGAGCAGAUCUUCUCCCCCGUGUCUGACUUUAACCGGUUUGACUUCCGCAGUAGGGUUGCAAAUACCCUGGGGAUGGAAAUUGCAAGAGUCACCAUUUUGGCUGGCUCUCCCUUCUCUGCAGCAGAUGGUCGGUGUCAGCAGGUCAACUUCAUGGUGUCUGGGAAUGUCAGCUCCGAGCUACUGACGUCUGUCAAAACUGCCGAGAUGAUGGGCAGUUUCAGAGAGUCGAAGUUAUGUACAGGCAAUGCAGGACUGCUGGUGGGGCCAGGAAGUUUCCUUCUUUGGGUCAUGUCCGCCGCCGCCUGCCUGCUGCCAUCUGCAACCCAUUCAUAGUACAGCAUUCCUGGCACGUUGUGCACCUUUCAUGGGAAAAUAUGGUGAUGAUCUUUUUGUAAGAGUGUGAAUGGAUUUGUGGAGUGUACUCAAAUGAUGUGGAAGUUAUCAGGCAAAUUAUACUUUUUUUGUAUAAUUUGCAUCAAGAAAUGAAGAAUUUUCAAUUGUACUGUAUGAGUAUUAAGUAAACGUUUACCGUGUGCUGUUUCUACAAAAACUCAUCUUGCAUAUCAGAUGUCUUUCUUUCUUAAUCAUUUGGGCAGAAGGUCAUGCUGUGUGCCUUCAGAUUCUUUUGUUUAUUAAUGGAUUGUUUUCUGCAUUCAUGUGACAUAAUGUGUAAAUUCAUGUACCUCUACAACUGUGGAUAAAUGCAUUAAUUAUUAUUCCAUUGUUUCUGCUGUUGAUCAUUUUGCAUUUUAUUACUCUUAAUCUCUGAAUACUGUAAAUAACACGGUGGAUGCUGUCCUACAUUGUUGAGUACCACCUCUAUUGUCUGGCUUCCCUCACAUUGAUAUUUGUCAAAUGAAAAAAUAAUCCAAUGGAGUGCAUAUAAUUAAAGCAUAUAUUUGAAAAACAUAUCAAACAUGAAAGACUGGGGAACUCAGUUCGUAAACUUGAUCCUCUGAGUUAAAUAAUAAUGAAAUAUCCAGAAAAUUGAAACAGGUAUUGAAAGAUUGUGAACCUUCAACAGUUCUGGCUAAGGGAAGCACUGCCCUAAAGACAUUUCUAGAAACAAUUAUAAAAUCUGCAAGAAUCCUUGAGCCAAAACACUACCAUGCGGAGAUCAAGAACAUAUGCAUGAGAUUCUUCCAACUUUAACACUUUCCCUGGGCAAGGUGGCAGAAGAUUCAUGAAAUCAUGGUCUGGAGGUACAUUUCCACUCAUGGCAUGUAUUUCUCUAAAGGACCAUUAAUAAUGGAUACAGAUUUUGGAAAAGCAAAUGCCCCCAUCCAUGCAACAUCUUUUUCUGAAUGGAUCAUAUUUUAGUCAGACUCUGUUCACACGCAUUAUAGCAGCACGACUAAAUAGAAAAACAGUACAAGUGCUAAACUUGCCUGGUGGCAGUGCUGACAUGUCCCUGAUUGAAAACAUUUGGCAAAAUAUUAUUUAAAAAAAAAAUGGCAAAGGACUAGUAAAAUGAUUUAUAUACCUUAUUUAAUUUGUUUAAGCUCUAUUCUAUCCAGAUAAUACAACGUGCAUGGGCAAGUGAGUAGAGGAUAUAUUUAUGAGGAUUGGCACAUUGCAUGUAUUUCAGAAUGUGAGCGUUGUGAAUGUCUCUUUGGCUAAAGAAGCCUUGUUUAAUGUAUAUCAGAUCAAAUGGUCACAGGACAUAUUGUAUAAACCAAAAUUAAGAAUAUUUAGUACUAUAAAAAGUUUUUAUAGCUGUGAAAAGUAUGUGUGUGCCUCGUUAUCUAAAAGACAACGAUCACUUCGAUCAUUUCCCCUCUGUGGGACUAUUAAAGGUUUAUCUUAUCUUAUCUUCUCACUAUGUGCCCAAAUCCGUUCUGGAAUCUUGCCUCUGCACCUUGAGACAGGACGUUAUCGGGGGUCCCCGAAGAAGAGCGGAUUUGUCCUUACUGUGAUAUUAAUGAUAUUGAAAAUGAGAUCCAUUUUGUAUUUUAUUGUCCUCUGUAUCAUGAGUUGCAUCAGAAAUGAUUUGAUUGGUGUAAGAAUUUGGAUUUGAUGUGAAUAAGUGAUGCUGAGAGGCUCAAAUUGAUUUUUGAUUAUAAAAGUAUAUAUAUGCACUUGCUGACUAUUUAGAGAAAGUGUGGGAUAAACGAAGAAAAGUAACAUAUAUGUGAAAAUAUCCAUUCUGGUUUUUGUUGGGGAGAAAGAAAUAUUAAGUAUUUUUAUUUUAUUUAUUUAUGUUUUAAUUUGAUUUAUUUAUUUUGUUUUUCUGGUGUACAUUGUGCAGCUGUAGUAGUGAGUGUGAUAUGUAUAUUGAUUGAUUU